AUGACCUAGGUGUCUAUUCCCCUUGGGCUCGCCAUUUUUUAUUUUAUUCUUUUCGAGAUUGUCCCCUCUCGUGAACAUAUCAACUUCGUUAUCGUCUAGAAGAUCGGUCCUUUUUCCUCACACGAGGUCUGGUCGUUGCGGGUCAGCAGAUAUACCCGAUAUAUCGUGAUCUGGUUCACCUUCGGGGGUGGGAAUACUCUUUCGAAUCAUGCCGUAAUCUGGACAAUUUGUUCUCAACACGGCGGACGAAUUCGCCUAUUUCACUUAGGAUGCUUAUCCAACAUGGAAUAACUAACUAUAUCUAUCAUCUAAUUCUACAUUCACGUUCAUCAAGCCGGAGAGCUAGAAGACAUUCUAUAUCAACCAAGGCAGCAUCAUCUUCAGUCUAUCACUUCAUAUUCAUCACAAAUCUAUCACUUCCAUCAUUCUAUUACGUUUACAUUUAGCUUGCACUAUGCCUCAAUUCAUAUUCGUUGAGCUCCCUAGCUUUCGCAUUAAGAAUGCUAGCGGACAUACGGUACGCCUCAACUACUCACAGCUAGGUUUGGUUGGCGCGUUAUAUCAAUUUGUACGGGGCGGUCUCCGUACAAACGACCAAGUCGACUUGUCGGCCUCUCUUCUCUUCGCGGAUGGGGAAGCCGACUUAUGGACAGCAGUAGCAGGGACAGGAGAUGGCGGACAUCAUCCCCACGCCGAGGAGAAUAUGUUGUUAUCGUACUUUCAAGCCUUCGACUCCCCGGGAUCAUACCCGAUUGUCGACGCGAUGUUACUGCGGCGCGGAGAACCAUGCAACAAUUGUGCCGGGUAUUUCACCCUCGGGGGUAAGCAGCUGCGGCCGCAAGAUGGGACCCUGGCAUUCCGUGCCAAGUUUACGGCGCGUUCCGAUCGCUCUUACACGCCGGUUUUUCAUUUAGCCCGUGGGCUUGACGCCACGCAACGGGCCGCUCUGUGGGCACAGUUGGCGCAGAUGCGGACGGACGAACCUGGGAUCGUUAUCGCGUCCAGCGCAGAUGUUCCAGUUGGGCAGGCGUACUACCUCAUUCACGACUCGCCCUGGUACGCGAUUAACGGGCAGGAGAGCAUGACGGACGCACAGAUCGCCGAGGCAAUUGCGAGGCAGGGGUAUCUUCCGACCUAUUGGAUCGGUAGAUGAAUAAAUGAUACCAAUCAUAUAAUUCGCUAUAGUAAAAGGUGGAUAGAAGAAUCAAUUGAAGAGGUGUACGAAUCACUUGUACAACAGAUAUGGGAAGGGCCGGUCCCAAGUAGGACAAAAGGGAAACGGUUUAGUCAAAAAUAAUAGAUCCGGUCAAGGGGGCGUUGGCGGACAUUGACUUUUCAAAAUAUUUCUUUCCUUCUUUAGAAACGAUGUAUUAUCUAUAUCACACUAAACAGUCGCAGGCUAGACAAAAUCUAAAACAAAGAUGUUAUAGGACUCCUCAUCUCGGAAAGCUUGAACUCGCUCCCUAGGUCAUUCGUCGGAGAGGAUACCGAGGCGAGAUGACCCCUUUUGGUGCAAUGGAAGCUGAUAUCAGCUGGUUGCUGCAUUAGCCCGCAACUUUCCUUUCUGAACUACAUAGAUAUUUCCUAGGCCCCAAGCUUCAGUAUGUAUGGUAAAAAGAGAUUGAUGUUGUUUUGAUGUAUCACGUGAUCGGACGUCUUGCCCUUUCCCUCCGGUUAGGGAGAGGUCGACGAGAAGUAUCUUAGAUUAUGAAACCUAAUGUCUUUAGUAUUGGGAUAGGGUACCAGAGUUCGGGGAUUAUAGAUUCUGGUUCAUCGUGUGCUUA